AUGACACGCACCGAGGCUUUUGCACCGCAGCGAGAGGCUUCUUAUGGAUAUCGUUCAUCUGCAUCUUCUUUGUCUUCGUCUACCUCUUCUUGUCUGAAAAUAUCUGCAUCGCUACCUCCACUUCCACUCGCUGCUACUCCAAACUCUAUCGACAUAAACAGUGUAGAAAGCGAAUCAGAUCUGAUUCAUGGGAAAUCAGAUGAAACAACCUUCUCAUCAACACUUUACAAUAACGUAAUACGCUCGGAGCAUCAAUUAAUCAACAGGGGCAGAGUUUUGUUGCAAGCUUAUCAACGUCAAAAGAAAGAGCUGGAUCAAUUUAGAGAGUAUGACUCAAGAGAGGUGAGCUUAAAUCGUCCAAGUUUUGUGAGUAAAAUUCCGUCAAUGGUUGAUUCUCAUGAAGAAUAUUCGACCAUAGAAUAUUCCUCGCCGAAGAAACAAGUGGCAGGGCAUGUCUCUGUGAUAAAUGCUCCUUCCAUUGAUACAAACAUGAAGGAGAUAUUACCUCCGAGCUCACCUGCAUCGGGUAACAUCGUGUGUGGGUUGAGUACUUCUAGUAUUGGAUCUCCAUUUUUGUUGAAAUUAAAGACAAACCAGCAGUCGUUAUCAGGAGAUAAAAGUGAGAAGAGAUGGAAAAAGUUCAUCCAGCUGCUUCAAACCAAUGAGCAGACGCUGGACAUGAUUGAUGCUCAGCUGGCGGCGAUUUGGGCCGAGCUCGUGUUGAAUAAUGAACAGGUGACAGGAUGUCAAGCUUUGGUCGAUACAUUGAGCCAAAUCGCGAGCCAAUUGUUGCUACAGAAACGAGAGGCUGCAAUUGCUAUUGCUAAACUAGUGGAAGUACUGGGAUCACGAGUAUUUUUGUCGGGAAAAAUGACAGAUGAUGCAGUGGCGUUCGUGAGCAACCAGUUAAGGCUGGAAUUAGAGACCUCCCAAGUGCUCGUCGACAGAGUAAAAUCUGAAAUGACUGCCUGCAGGAAAGGGAGCGAGGUUGUGGGUCUUGGUAAAAACAGAAUUAACGCAUUGCUGCGUCAGCAGUUGCAAGAGAAUGAACAGCUAUUGCAAACUAGUCGAGCUGCUGUCGCAAACUUGAAGGAUCAAUUGACGCUGCAAAAGCAAAUUUCUGGGAACAUACAAACGCAACUUGAACGGGUCUUGGAGGUAAAGUUGCGAGAGAUUGAUGCCAUGUGCAGUGAUGUCGACUUACCAACGGACUACGAGCGAAUCAAAACGGUGGAAGGUGUAGUUUGCUAUCGUCGGAAAGGCUCUGAUGACAGCUACGAGAUUGAAGAUCCUCGUGUGCACAUAGCGCUUAAAAUGCGCUCGGUAAGACCUUUGGCUACUGCAUCAGCACGUGCAUUCGAUAGAGAAGCCAUUUCAGCACAUUAUGGGAACGCCAGCUCCGGUAAAAUACAUCGUUUUCGAGGUGUUAGCGUGAUUGCACGUGACUCCGCAGCCCGCGACAAUGUAAUCUGUCGCUCGUUUUCGACACCACACAUUCCGCAUGACAGCAAUGUACUUGACGACACCCUUGUGCCUCCAGAUGAUGGCCGCAAGCAUGCAAUUCAAGACUUUUCGACGCCCUUACCUGAUGGUUGGGAAAUGCGUGUGACACUUUCGGGUGCGGUUUUCUUUUUCAAUAAGCAUACGACUGCGACAACGUGGACUGACCCUCGACUUCUCGAUUCGGUAUCUACAUCCUCCUCUGCGGACUACAACUCAAGUCACCCAAUGCCGCUCUCUCGUGACUUACGUGCCACAACGUCCGAGUCCCGUCCAUCAAUUUCUGUCUCAAAUACACUAAACUCAGAGCAGCUUGCAUCCAAACAAGGGAAAGAUGGUGUCCAGUUUAUCGACGUAGUAUUUGAGGACUGUGGUCCGAUUGGGAUCCAUUUCCAAGCUAAUGUGCCAGAUUCCGGAGCUACCGUGAGGAGUUUGCUACCAGAUAUGGCUGCUGCCAAGAUGAAUAUUUUGGAACCGUAUGAUGAGUUGGUAGCUGUAAAUAAGAAUUCUGUGGAUUCUGCGCCAUUUUGCCACGUAAUGCUAUUACUGCAAGGAGGCUUGCGGCCACUAACGCUUACUUUUAAGCGAGACUUGAAAUGCCUACGACGCUCAAUGUCGCCAAUUCGAGCUUCGCAGUCAAGUGACGUUGUAGCUGUUGUCGUAGGCGGGAAUGAUAUUCCUGACACUACUCAUCCAGACGAAGACGAAGAAGUUGUGAUUGAUGAAGGAACAGUUGUCGACUUGGAACAGCUUCGAGUUCCCAUUGCAACUGGUCAUAUAUCAACAGCAUCUGGAGCUAAUGAUGGAGAGGGUAUGAAUGUUGCUGACGUUAUCAUCACUAACAUCUUUUCUCUGUUUUGGAAGCCACCCGAGACAACAGGUGAGGAGGUCGAAACUGUGUAG